AUGGAACCAAAUUUUAUUUUUAACAACUUUCCAAAUAAUAAUUUAAUUUAUCAUUUGACUCUUUCACAACAAUCAAUACAUGGCAGACAAUCAACUCCCUCAACCAAAAGAUCCAUUACACCUUCAAAUGUUAUCUACUUGAGAACAAAUGAUUUCAGAGUGAAGGCACAGUUUUUGAUAGAUGUUUUGCUAUUGAAUGAGUUUAAUCAGAUCAUUGAAGAUCAAAACUUAUUGAUAGGCACUAAAAUAUUGUUUGGGGUUUCGUUGUCAAAUACAACAGGUUAUCAUCGUUUUGAAUUUGGUGAUUUAGGUAUUAUGAGUACUGGCAGAUAUAAAUUAAGAUUUACUCUUUCAAAGUAUUUCUCCAAUCAGAAUCCCAUUGUAAUCAAAUUUUUUGAUUCAAAUGUGUUGGUGGUUUAUUCUUCAAGGACUUAUUCUAAAGUUAUUAAGAACAAAAACAAUUAA